AUGGCGAAUUACGAGCGCAUACCAAAUCGGGAGCAAGAAGCUGAGACGAAGCCCGAGGCGAAAUUCUCCUCCGUCGGGAAAGGCGAAGGAGCUCCGCCGCCCGGGGUGUCGAUUGGAUGGCCGGCCAACGGGAUGCCGGUGGCUGAUCCGGCGGCGCAGAGGUCCGAAUGGGAAACCGGGCUUUUCUCCUGCCUGGGCAAAAAUGAUGAAUUUUACAGCAGUGAUCUUGAAGUUUGUUUAUUGGGCAGUGUUGCCCCAUGUGUGCUCCAUGCUAGUAAUGUCGAGAGGCUUGGAUCAGGACCCGGUACUUUCGCCAAUCACUGCUUGCCUUACACUGGCCUAUACUUGCUCGGCAAUUGCCUUUUCGGCUGGAACUGUCUUGCACCUUGGUUUUCGUACACCAAUCGUACAGCCAUACGCCACAAGUUCAACUUAGAGGGCAGCUUGGGGAAGUAUGUGAUGGAUGAGAUUCAGCACGAGCAAUGUGAGGCAUCGUGUGAUUUUUGCACGCAUGUGUUUUGCCACCCGUGCGCACUUUGUCAGGAGGCUCGUGAGGUUCGUCGUAGGUUGCCACAUCCCGGGCUUCCCACACAACAGCCUGUCUUGGUCAUGAUCCCGCCUGGCGGACAAGCUAUGGGUCGUGCGGUUUAA